UAUAUUAUUAUCACUAUAUAUCUAUCCUUCCUCUCCCUUAUAAGUAGUAGUAGUAGUAGUAGAGUAGAAUAAAUUAGUAGAGAUGACGAAGGUUUUAAGGUCCAGAAAAAUUGUCCCUUCUUCAAUUCAAAACCAACAUUCAUCAGCCCUUCCUAAUCUUAAUCCUAAUCCUAAUCCGAAAACUGCUAAUGAUGGUGGCGUUAAAAUCGAACCCAUAACACCCGCGAAACAAGAGGUUGACCUUAUCGCUAAUAAGCAUGGAUUAGGUACUCCUGAUUCCACCCGAGUCGGGUUGAGACGCAGUGCUCGGCUCUCAUCAUCCACUUCUUCUAACCUCAAUAAUAAUAAUAAUGUUCAUAGUGAUGUAGUUGUUGUUGAGAAUGUGGGUGCUUCCACUAGGAAAAGAAAGCCUCAAAAAGAUAUUCUUGCCGAGGAUUUGAAAAUGGAUUCUCCUGUUUCACAAGGGGAUGUUGCUUCUAGAUUACGGUCAGGGAAGAAGCCCACUGUUUCUUCUCAAAAGGAUACUAAAGGCGAAGCCAGUGUUCAAGUUGACGAGGCCAAAGUAGAAUCAACUGGUUACGGAAAUGGUAGACAAGAUAAAAACAAAGGGGUGUUGGUGGAUAAAAUGGACAUCGAUCUAAAUAGUUAUCCGAUCAAUUUUUCCCCUGAAUCGGACAGUGCUAGUCUUCAACUUAAAGAUAGCUGGAAGGGAAAAGUAAUCAAGAUCGAGCCAUCUUCAUCGUCAUCAUCAUCAUCAUCAUCAUCAAGUGAAAAUGAAAGUGACAUGGCUGAUGCACAUUUGGAAUCUCAUAUAGAUAUUUUGAUGGAUGCCGCGAUACCUGCUGCGGAGACUGUGAAUAUGGAUAUUGAAAGAGCUGGAACUAGCUCUAAUAUGCGCCAUAAGGAAAUGUUUAGAAGUAUAGCUAGAAGGAAUGCAUCAAGGUUUGCUCAUUUCUCUGUCAGAGAGGACGACGAACUAGAAGACGAGGAUGAAGUUGAACUGCCAGAAACGAAAGCCAAUGGGGAUGUGGAAGACUGGCCUGGUCCUUUCUCUACCGCCAUGAAAAUAAUUAGAGACCGGGCAGCAAACAUGCCUGAUCAACACAAGGAUGCGACUUCAAACAAAAUAAAAUCCUCUCCACCUGUAUGGGUUCCUAAGGAGAACCAACAACGUGGUCGCUCGAAGAAGGUGGCCCCAUCAUUGCAGGACCUGUGUAUGGCAGUCAUGGUCGAAAAUGCUGAUGCAAUAACUUCCCUUGAAACUGUGCCUGAUGUACUUAGACACAAGCUUACGCACCUACUUUGUGACACUCGGAGGAUGAAUCUUCACUUUUUUGACUUGCUUUCAAGGGGAUCUCCUUCUGAGAUACGUGUAAGAGAUUGUUCAUGGCUAAAUGAGGAACAGUUCACCAAGACACUUGAAAAUACUGAUACUAGCAAGCUCACGGUAUUACAACUGGAUCAGUGUGGCCGAUGUUUUCCAGACUUUGUUUUACAUACUACUUUGGCUCACUCGCCUAGUAAGUUUUCUGCACUGACGAAUAUAUCUUUGAAGGGAGCAUGCCGACUUUCGGAUGCCGGGCUUAAUGCCCUUGUUGCCUCUACACCCGCAUUGAGAUCUAUAAAUCUUGGGUGCUGCUCGUUACUCACUCCUGAUGGUAUGGUUAGUUUAGCUGACAAGGUAGGACCAAUCUUGAAAGAGUUGUACAUAGAUGAGUGUUUUGGUCUUGAUGAUAAGGGUAUUCUUCCUGCACUAAUGAAGCUAAAACAUUUGGAGGUGCUGUCUAUUUCUCGUUUUGAAACUAUUAAUGAUUCUUUCGUUAUAAAAUUUGUGGCUGUUCAAGGUCAGAAGAUGAAGGAGCUUGUAUUGGCAGAUUGCAUGAAAUUAACAGAUAAAGCGCUGAAAGCAAUUGCAGAAAAUUGUCCUGGCCUAUGUGCGAUAGAUCUGACCAACUUGUGUAAAUUGACCGACAAUGCACUGGGGCAUCUUGCAAAUGGUUGUCAAAAAAUCCAAACAAUGAAAUUUUGCCGCAAUGCAUUCAGUGAUGAGGCUGUCGCUGCAUAUGUUGAAGCCUGUGGAGGGCCUUUGAGGGAGCUAUCCCUUAAUCAUGUUGAUAAGGUUGGUAUUCACACCGCUUUAUCACUUGCUAAACAUGCCAAAGAUUUACAGACUUUAGACUUAUCCUGGUGUCGUGAUAUGACGGAUGAGACCCUCGGGUUGAUUGUAGAUAGCUGCCUCUCACUGAAAUUGCUCAAAUUGUUUGGGUGCACCCAGAUCACAAAUGUGUUCAUGGAUGGAUACUCGAAUGAAGAGGUCAAAAUUACGGGCUUGAAAGAGAGUCUGGUGUUGAAGAAUAUUGAGGUGCCUGAUUAUUUACCAUUGCGGUAUUCGUCUGUUUGAACUCGGAACUUAUGGGCCCACACAACUUUUUUGCUACCGUGUUUGUGGCGCGUUUGACUUUGAUAUUUGAUAGCAUGGGAAACAAGGCCUAACCUUUUGUUCUCUUUUUGUUAUGGAUGAAAUCAUGAAAUGGUUGUUCCAUGUGUAGAUAGAAAAAAACUAAUGGUAAAGGCCGUCAUAUAUUUUGUACUUUUUGAACAACUUGGAUGGUUUUUGAAUUAGACCUUUUGUUGCUAGAAGGUGUUAGAAGUCAUAUUCUGCUCUUGUGUUUAGGUCAAGACAUUGUAAACAAUGCCAGCUCAGGCAGAUUCAGAAUUUCAGAUGUUUAAGGAGAUUUGCUUGAAGUGUGUUGGUGGUUUUAGGGUUUUAACAACAAUUUGACCUUGUAUGUUUGGGUUAUACGGAUUGUGUUAUAAGAUAAUACUCUAAAGAGUAUCUUCGUAGUUUUCGCAGAAAAUGGAUGAUGUUAUAUAUAGAUCUCCCAAAGUUGUGAUCAAGCUUCAGGAAAUUAAUAUUGAUACUCAGUUGUCGUCCUCGUUUUUCAGGAUAGUUUGUCUAUUUCCGUUUGUUAUUUUGCCUAUUGAAAGCGCUGUGAGUCUGAUGGACUAUGUAUGCAAUUUUCUGAGAGAAAUAAAAGUUGUUCUUUGACUUUGAGUGCA